GCAAAGACCUAACUAUCAGCAACAGUAUUCUGUGAUUCCAGCAGGGCAGCAAAUUUAUCUGAAUAAUCAGUGGGCAAAUUACAACAGUGUUGCAGCAACUAAUUCUAAUGGCUAUUAUCAGCCCCACCCAGCUCUCUCUUCCUUUAAUGCCAUGCCGCCACAACUGCCGCCCCAAAUGGGAGGCACUCAGCAACCUGCACAGAGCCAGCCCCUUCCUCCUGCACCCAACCGUAAAAACCCACUUCCUAUCAUAGACCCGACUACAGGAAAAAAUAUCCUGGAUGGACUGAAUCAGGAAUCAGUGACUCCACCUAGAUCUAGCACUUUGCAUGAAAAAGAAACGGAAAAUGCAGACCCCAAUAUAUGUGUUCAAUUUGCGACCCAAGUAGCUGCAGCUCUUGCAAACAAUGAUAAGACUGACAUGCCUGCAAAGGCUGCACCAAUCGUAGAGACGCGAGUCAUUCCGGAACCACAAAUGUGUCCUGUAGAGCCCCCCGAGGAGGAGACUUACCAGAGCAGGUCUAGACCUGAGCCAUUCUACGAGAUAGAUACCAGCAUCCCCGUAGAAGAAUACCGGGAAGAAAGUCCCAGCCCGGUACGGAUAGAGCCGGAGCUUGUCCCAGAACCGGAUCCUCCGGCCUGUGAGGAGGAGGUUUGUCAAGAAGAGGAACCAGUCGUAGAAGCAGAGGACAUGACCCCGGUCUUGGAUUCCCCUCAAGAAAAAAGUGUAGGCUUUGUUAGUGUUCAAGAACUGAAUAAAGUGAAUGCGCAAUUAGCAAUGGACAUGGUAAAUGUGAGCCAAGAGGCCACUGCGCCACCGACGCCGGUCGUCGAGAGUUAUAAAGAGCCUCCUCCCAUCAUAGAGGAAAAGGUUGAAACGAUAACCAUAGUUAAUUCUACAAAGCCAGCAGAAAAACUUUCUUCCAUUGAAAGCAAAAAGAACAAGACUCGGAAAAAGAAAGAUCUAAACAAAAAAGGAGAGAGCAAAGAAGGCGGGGAGAUGGACGCUUUCCUUGACAAGGGACCUGAGGAGGAACGUGUCCCUCCUAUGGUUGAGGAGCAGCGACCACACUCCCCUGUCCCAGUGGUGGAUUCUGACAUCCUAGAUUCCAUCCCUCUCCCUCCAGAACCAGCACCAUCUCCUCCAAAUGGUGAAAAGGCUUCAGAAGAUAAAGAAAAUUCUCAUGCAGAGGAUGCAGCAUCCAAACUUAUUUUAAAAUAUGAAUACAAAGAAGAUCAGUGGAGUCCACUGAACCCAGAAGGCAAAAAGCAGUAUGAUCGGGACUUUCUGCUUCAACUUCAGGGUGAACCUAUGUCUCUGUGUAAACCUAGUAAUUUGCCAAAUCUUGAUGUGAUAAAAGACAAGGCCCAUAUUCAGAGGCUGACAGAAGUGAAUCGUGUGACGCCAAUGACAAUGCCUAUGAAGGCUUACAAUGAUCCCUUUGUUCCCACCUACGCCAGAGGAGGUGCUCAGAGACCUGUAACCCGCCGUGUCACAGAUUGCAGUAAAGUUCAAUUUAGUGUUGGUGCAGUUCAUACUCAGAGGACAAGUGUGAUUCUCCAGCAAGACAACGCACGCCCUCCAGUUGCUCAAUUAACUCAUGGAAACAUAGCUAAAAUGGGCUGGGAGCAGGGGCGGAUGGGGACUGCGGGCAGCCUGGCAAAUGCCCGGUGGGCCGCCUCUGUUGGGGCCGCAUUGAAUCUUUCAAUUGAAUAG